GUUCAUUUUUGGACCCAGGUAUCGACCGCAAAUGCUACUACCGCUGGGUUUGAAUUUUCUUUGAUUUUACAUGAUAUGAGUAGCGUGCAAUGUGUUGAUCAGAAAAGCAGUGGUAGUGACAGUAGCAGUACUGGAGAAGAAGAGAGGCUUAAACAAUUGUUUUUAAGCUGUGAUUCUAAUAAUGAUGGGUGUUUGAAUUGCGAAGACUUAUAUGAUAUGUGUAGGAAACUGAAUAUGGCAGAGUGCGCCGAGGAAAUUAUCAACACCUUAGGCGCAAAUACAAAGGGAAGCAUAACAUUCGAUGAAUUUCUCAGUUGCCGAGAAAAGGUGUUUCAAAUGCAAACUGAAGCUGAUACAGUGUAUUUUACAAAGUCCAACUCGACGCAACAUCAAAACUUCAAACAGUGUGGAACAAACUGGCCUGCUUACACACACGAUAGGUCACUCGGGAGAAAUCAAAAAUGUGUUGAUGAAAGAAGUAGUAACCCUUUUCAUAAAUUGCAUGAGAAUACUAAUCUUGGAAGUUCUGCCAGUGAGACUAGUCUUGGCAACUCAGGUGCUGAAUACGAUUCAGGAGCUCAAGAUCUUUGUGGUGAACCACAAAGUUUACACUUAUUACUGCAACGUGAUUUUGCUGAUUUAUACAAUAUUGUAUUCCCAUUUCUAAAUAAUACGAAUGUUAGUAAUAAUCCGUAUAAAAGAGAAAGUCACACAAUUCCAGAUGAUUCUAUCUUAUUACCUAAACCUAAUGCAAUCGAAAAUGGAGAAGAUAAUAUUAAUAAUAAUAAUAAUACAACUAAAAGUUAUACAAAUAAAGAAUUGAUAAAUACAAUAAAUUUUCAUUCAAAGGAAAAAUUGAAUAACCAUGUUAAACCUAUAAAAAUGGAAUUAUCUAAUGUACAAUUAACAAGUGAAUCAAAUCCUUAUUUAACUCAUGUUCGAAAUUUAUUUGAAUGUGCUAAUACACUACAUAUUCAACGAACAGCUCAAUUACGUUCUGAAAUCCGGGAUUUAUCACAUAGAUUACAAGGUUUACAGACAAGUCGAGAUAUGAGUUAUCGAGAAAUUCAACGUUUACAAAAAGAGAAAGAACAAUUACGCAAUGAAUUAACUAAUCAAAUAUCACGUUAUGAAGAUCGUUUAACUGAAUUACACAGUGUAAUCGCUGAGCUGCAACGUCGAUUAAAGCAGUCUGAAUCAAAUAUUAUUCAUGAAGUUGAAGAAUUUGACGAGAAUGAAAUCGAUGAUGAUGAAGAACAAGAAGAAGAAGGAGGUGAUCCUGUUAAUCGAAGUGAAUCAGACAAAAGAUCGGGUAAUAAACGAUUCGAUAAUCAUGCUAAACUAUCAUCAUCAGUUAAUAAUAAUUCAAUAAAUCAAUAUAAUGAAUCGAAUAUGAGUGAAAUUAGUGAUACAUCUGUUGAUGCAAUUAUGGAUGAUGAUGAGGUUGCUGCUGAUGGUGGUGUUGGUCCCGGAGAUGAUGAAGCCGGUGAUCCUCACAGCAGUAAUGAAUUAAAUAAAUACGGGAAGGAAAUUGGUAGAAAGUAUCAGAAUUCAAAUGGACUUGCCAAAAAUUUUCUCAUGCAAACCACUCGUGUUUAUGAUCAGUUGAAUAGAAAUUAUAGUCUUUCAAAUAAACCAUUAACUUAUCUAUCCAUGAAUAAAGAUGUUCACAGGAAUAAUAUAUAUAACAACAAUAACAAUAUGUAUAUAUCUAAUAAUAAUAAUAAUAAUAAUAAUGAAGUACCCAAAACCUCUGACCAUGAUCUGUUAGUCAAUUAUGAAACAGUUCUAUCAAAUAUGCAGAAAACACAAUUAAAUUGUCUUGAACAAGACAACAAUUAUAAUAACAAUAAUAAUAUGAUAGAUGACAAUCAAUUAGGUGAUGUCGUGUGUACAAAAUCCUCGCAGACAACAAAUGCAACACAUGGAUCUUCUCCAAUGAAUUCAACAACAAAAAUCCCGGGAAUGUUAAAUGACGAUGCUUCCUUAUUAUCAUCUACAGGUUCAAAACUCCAUUCAUCUUCACGUCCAAUUAUGGGUUUAAAUCGAUCAGUGCAAAUGAAAUCUAUUGGUCAUAAUAAUAAUAACGUAUUAUAUCCCAUCACUUCUAUGAAUCAAGUUCCUGCUACUGCGUCUAUUCAGCAAAACAAUCAUUUAUUAAAUCAGAUGACACUGAAUGAAACAAUAAAUAAAGACUACAAUACUACUAAUUUACUUCCUAAGACUAAUUCUUCAGAUCAGAUUAAUCCUGAUACAGGAGUAGGUGGCAGCACAACGGUAACAACACAAUCCACGUCAACAGCAGCAACAACAACAACAACGGGUGUAACAGAGAUAAUCAAUACAUCAGGACAAAUCAAUCAAUCUAAUGUUUAUGAUCUACCUGAACCAGAAUGGAUAACUCAGACAUUGAAACAGUAUUAUGAAUAUAAUAUACUUCAUAGUAAACAGAAUAUUUCAUCAGGUUUUACAAUUGGAUCUUGUUCAUCCGCGACAACUACAACCACAAGUGGUGGAGGUGCAGCUGGAGGUGGUGUACCCUUAGACUUUGAACAAUCUUUAUUUGAUCAUAUUAGUACAGAGGAAAUGAUUUUACUAGAAUCAAAUGAUCAUGAAACUGAGGAUGAAAUGACAAAGCAUUAUUUACCUAGUCAAUUUUCACCUAACGCCUUGUUAAUUCUGCUGUCUAGUCUGGCUAAUUCAUCACCCUAUCCACGUUUAUCUGAAGCCUUUCAAUGUGCUCAAUUGAUUUGGCGUCGUCUGCUGACAAAGCUAGCACGUUAUCGAGCGGAUUGUUUAGUACUGCAAGCUAAUUUAGCUGAAAUUAAAUCCAAUGCUGAUCAUAUGCAAUGUCAAUUAAAUCAAAUCGAGGCGAAUUGGUCAGUUAUUGUGCGGGCUGUACAAAUAUCUGAAUCAGCCUUAGAAAUUAGUGAUUGUUUAAAUCAGUUAUACUCAACUGAAUUAGCUGUCACAAUCUGUCGUCAAACACAAAAGCAUCUGCUUCCAAAACAUCCAUUUUCAACAAUUUCAUCGUCAACAUCCUCUUCAUCAUUUCAUGGUUAUAGUAAAUCAUCACCAUCAAAUAAUAAAGUACAACAACAGCAACAAACUCAAUCUCAUCAGCAUCAGCAACAACAGCAACAGUCAUUGAAAAAGUUCCCAUCUCAAUGUCAACCGCCAUCGAUGAUGCUACAUCAACCAUAUGCUGUGAUUUCUUUAACAAAUUCUACAGGUUCAGAAGAACACGAUUUAUCAAAUCAUGGACAACAAAUUUUACAAAAUAAUUUUAAUUUAAAUACAUUGAAAUUAUUUAGACAACAAGCUGAAUUCUUAGCCUAUACAGUAUUAGAUAAAUAUGAAACAUCCGACGGGGGUUAUGAGAAGAUUUUGCCGACGACAUGUAUGCCAAACAUGAUGAUGAUGAAUGCACCAACAAUGGUGACAACACCUUCAGUGGUAGGAGCAACUGUUGGCGGUGGUGGUGGUCUGUCUCAUCCACGUGGAACUAUCGCUAAUCAUCAUCAAUCCCAACAACAACAACAACAGCAUCCUUCUCAGUCUCCUGUUAGUCCAGGUGUCUUUUCUAUCCAAUCAGCGAUUACAUCAUCGAAUAGUCUGUUAGAUAAUAACAGUGUCUAUGCUAAUUCAUGGUAUGUUAGCUUGAAUCGAUCACGAGGUAAUAAUGGUGACCAAUUCCGGCAACAACAACAACAGCAACAACAACAAACUCAUGUGAACGGUUCAUUCCCAUCAAUGAAUCAUCCACUGCAACAACACCCUAUUCGAAUGAAUACCAUGAACAAUAAUCCACAAAUGCGUACAUUUUUGAAAUCAUAUUCUCCUCAUAUAAAUACAAAUCAAACUAUGAGUAGUACAGGUGGAAAUACUGGCAAUGGCGGUGGCGGCUGGGAGACUCCAGAUUCAGGUGCUGGUAGCAGUAGUAUGAAUGAAGUUUCCUCACAGCAACAACAGCAACUACUACUUGGCCAACAAUCACAUCAUCAUCAACAGCCAUUCUUGAAUCCACCAUUUCUACUCUCCUCCUCUACAUCGUCAUUAUUAUUUGGACAUUUUUAUCAAACUUAUGGAGUAAACAAUAACAUUAAUAAUAAUAAUAAUAAUAGUAAUGGUAGUAAUAGUAAUAAUAAAUUGAAUAGUCAAUCCGAUUUAUUCCUGUUCAAUUCAUUAUUGGACAAUUUACCGCCACUAUGGACAUUUUUAGCCAAAUCAUCAGCAUCUUUCUACGAAUCAGAUUUAGAUUCAUCAGAUUCAUCGGAUGCACUUGGAGGGAACACGACACAUACUACUCAUCAGCAGCAGCAUAAUAGUAAUAUAAGUAGUCAACCUUCACAACAGCAACAACAACAGCACAAUCAAACGCCAAAUACUAGUAUAAAUCCAAAUAUGAAUACAACUAGUAACAAUACGAAUAGUUAUAUUCACUUAUCUAAUUGGUCUAGAAUAGAAGAACGUAAACUGCGGACAAUUUAUUGUCAAUUAAUCAAUACUUAUAAACGUUUAAAAUCAAUGUUAAUUGAUUUGCCUAACUUUGAUAUGAGUAUGAAUCAUGAAGGUGUACUGGAGACAUCAUCAUCGUUUAUUAGCAGCUAUCCCGAUGGUGGUGAUUUAAACAAUCCUACGAAUAAGUUACUAUCACCAACUACAAUACAACAACCCCAACAACAAACCGACUCAGACCGAAUGAGUCGUUUAAAUCAAUGGAAUUCCGCAUCAAUGAAUUCACUGCGUAAAUUACCAUUGGCAGUAUUCCUGGAGAAUUCAGUUCUACUACAGGAAUUAUGUUGUGUUAAAGAAGAAUGCGCAGAUCUUAAAGUUCGUGUAUAUCUUCUUGAAAAAGAACUUUGUGCUAAUCGUUUAACUCUAGAAAGUCGUGCUGCAGCUGAACGUGCAUUACGUGCUCAUCUUGAUGCCUUGAUCACUGAACAACAUAAUCGAUAUUCACAGAUGUUAUUGACAAAUGAUAAACAAAAAGAAAAUUCGACAACAGCGGCAACAACAACAACAGUAGUGGGAAUUAAUCAGCACGAAAUAGUCUUAUUACGCGGUCAAGUCAAGAAUUUAUUACAAGCUCUUGAAGCUCUGCGUAGUAGUACAGAAAUACAACAAGUUCAAAGUGAAGAAUUAAUAGAUGAUUUAAAACGUGCUAAUAGUGCAUUGAUAACAGCCUUUGAAAAAGCUAAACGUAAAUAUACAACACGUAUUAAAAAACUUGAAGAUCAUUUAAGUAGUAAUAAUAAUAAUUCUUCAAAUGGUUUUAUUAACAGUCCACAACAUGUUGUUGUAGCAAGUCUACCGAUGGCAACAACAAUAGCUAGAACAACACUUCAUACUGUAACCACAAAUAUUGCUCCUGCGGCUACCGCUGUCGCCACUAGCUCCAGUAACAUCAUCAUUUCAUCGACUGCUAUGGGUGGCUUUGAUGUCAAUAACACGUCUAAAGCCUAUACACCAAUAGACUGUCAUAAUCAAUUUACGAAUAUUCAUGAUCCAAGUAACAUGAUGAUAGUAAAUUCUAAUUCAGAAGCCUAUCCAAUGUAUCAUCAUCCUAUGAAAGGUAGUUUCACACAAGUUCCAACUUCAGAUAGUGUUGAUUCUGGCCGAGAUUUAUCCUCCAACCAAUCAACAACACGAAUAUUACCAGUACAAUUGGAUCAACAAUUAUAUCAGAUGAAAUCAAAUACUCAAGUGUCUAGAGGAAAUAAUCAACCUAUGCAGCGUAGUCAACAGUGUCUUAUCUCAUCUCCGCCCCCACCUCCUCCUCAUCAUCAUCCUCAACAUUAA